UAUUUUUGUAUAAAAAUGGAGUGGUUUGGUGCAACUAGAUAUGGUGUACAAGAUCCCAUCAAAGAUAUGAUGAAGACUGAUUAUCUGGAACCUAGAAAACCAAAAGACUUGGUCAAAGUCUACGAAUCAAGUGAUAAAACUAAACCUUUUGCUACCUACAUCGCUGAAUUGGACGUGUAUUUAGGUCAAGCCGAUGGAAAUGCUUAUAAAUCCUAUGCCAGAUUGAUUAAAAUGCGCAAAAAAGCAAAUUUUAAACCUUUUGGGCCGGCUGAUAUGUAUAAAUAUCCAGGAUGCGCAUCGAUGGAAUAUGGAUGGUUUUUGAGUGAUCCGAAGCUUCAAAAUGCGACUUGGCACGUCACACACAACCAAUAUGCAUAAUCAAAGCAUAUUUUAUUGACUUUACUAUUUUACAUCAUCUCUAAAGAAAUAUAUGUGUGAAUGGUUGCAUAA